CUUGUGUUAACAAUGGUGUUAAUUCAACUUUUCAAUACUCGAGUUACCCCAUUGAUUUUUUAACAAAUAUUAACAAUUCGCAUAUUUGCGGUGCCUAAGGCAGCCUAAGGUUCUGGCAAAAAUCGCGGGAACUCAAAAUUGUUCUGGAACGUUCUUGAAGAAGCGAAAUAUUGAUAGAACAGGCAAUCUGUGCACGAGCACGUAAGAAUAUCGAAGUAUAUCCUGAACAGGCGAGCCAGCAGGAUCGUGAGUCGACGUUAACGUGAGACACGGUGCAAAUAAGUGGAUAAAUUACGUUCUGGCUGUUAAACUUGAACAACGUACACCCAUUAUUCAGAAAGUAACCAAAGAGUUGAAUUUGUAUACAUCGCAACAUGACAACAUCGAGAGCAGAGGAGAUAAAACUGGAUAUAGUGGAACUAAAUGCAUUGUGUGCACAAGCCAAUCGUCAACGGUCUAAAGAUCUGCUUUCUUUAGAAGUCAGAAGGCUACAAGAUGAAUUAGCUAGAAUCACAGAUGAAACGAGACUGGAUGAAAGCAAGACUCUUAGUCAAACGACAAGUGCUAGUUCAAAGUGCUAUGAAAUUAAGCUAACUAACUAUGCAUGGGAUCAAACAGAUACGUUCGUCAAAGUUUACGUAAUGCUUAAAGAUGUGCACACAUUGCCAAAUGAUGUAAUAGUCUGUAACUUCACGGAUCGAUCUAUGGACUUACGAGUUCCUGGAUUAGGCAAUAGAAAUUAUCAGUUGCCAAUUAAUAAUUUAAGUGAAGAAAUCGACGUGAGCAGGAGCUAUGUUAAGGUAAAGACGGAUAAAAUUGUGGUAUUUCUUGCAAAGAAGGUUCCUAAGAAUUGGACAUAUAUAACAUAUGUUGAGAAAAAAAUUAAAGAAGCCAAGGCACCGACCAUGUCAGAUAUGGGAGAAGACAACGAUCCAGGGGCAAGUUUAAUGAAUUUAAUGAAGAAGAUGUAUCAGGAUGGAGAUGACGAAAUGAAGAAAACCAUCGCCAAAGCAUGGACGGAAAGUCAAGAGAAGAAGAGUUCUCAAAUGUCUGAUUUUUCACUGUAAGUGCGAAUGGGAGAAUAAGAAGAUCGUUGUUAAAUACAGACAGGAUUCAGAAACAAUAGGUGCUGGUAUGCCUAAUUUUUUAUUGAAGUUGUAUAAAACAUCAUUGUAUGUGUUUUCCGACCAGUUUCACAUGUAUUAAAUAUUCCUUUCAAUACUGUGCACAAAGUAAAGAUUCUAGUUUUACAUCAUUGCGAUGCAUUUAAUCAGUAAUUUUACUUCUUAUUUGUAAUUAAUCGUUAUGGUCAACCCAGAUUUUGGCUGUAUAUCAUUUUUGUAUAACUGAUCGUCAUGUUACCAUGGAGCGACUCGUUUUUAUUUCGAUGAUAGAAAAUUUAAGUGAAUUCAUGAUAUAACAUUUAAUUACACAUAAAUAGUGAAUUUAUAAAAUUGUAUUUUGCUUAUAUUAUUUUAUUAGCUACUACUAUGUGGUACACUAAACAGAAUGCAUCAUCCAUUAAAAGUACAAACUGCACUAGUGGAAGAAAUCAAUUUUUUACAUCUAUCGUUUCAUAUAGUCUACAAUUAAGUAAAUUCAUUUUUCCUUUUACAUGAUAAGGCCAUAUAAAGCUAGAAAAUAAUAAAUGCGCUUCAAAUAUCA